AUUGAUCUCUCUCUCCACUGUUUAGUAGUAGUAAAGUAAUAAGCCCAGUGGGCUUAUAUGGUUAAUAUUCAUUAAGGCCCGUAGCCAUUUUUCUUCUGCAAGCGCGCGGGUUCGAGAAUCGCAACUGAGUAUCGGAGAAAGCGAAUCCCUUCCGCUCUGCAAGAUUUACCGGGCCGGCGUAUUUCUCCGAUUAAUUUGGCGAGCACAAGUCCGAUGAACAAAAUUCCAGAAUCCUCGGAUGUGAUGACCUAAUCGGAGGUAGACGAGACUCGAUUGCUGCUGUGUUUGUUAGAUGGUUCUCGGGUGUGAAACGAUGAUGGGAUUAGGGUUAAUGUGUUUCUAAGGAAAACGAAUCGAAGUUUGAUUUGGUGAAAGAAUUGAACGGAAAUGGAUACUCCGGCGUCGGAUGGAACGGCUCCGAGGAGGACGUUGCGGAGAAAAGCAAGCAGGAAGAACUACGACGAGAAUGCGAUGGAUGAACUGAUCGAGGAACAUUUAGGCGGAAGCUCGAAGAAAAAGUUCAGGACGAAGCAGCAGCUGGAGAAAGAAACCGAGACGGAGGCUCUGAUUGCGUUAUCCGUCGGCUUCCCGAUCGACGAGUUGCUGGAGGAGGAGAUUCGAGCUGGCGUGGUGAGAGAAUUGGGCGGGAAAGAGCAGAACGAUUACAUUGUGGUUCGAAACCAUAUAGUCGCUAGGUGGAGAAGCAAUGUUCGGAUAUGGCUACUCAAAGACCAGAUCAGAGAAACAGUGAGUAGUGACUGUGAGCAUUUGAUUUCAGCUGCUUAUGACUUUCUCUUGAACAAUGGAUACAUCAAUUUCGGGGUUUCACCAUUGUUUGCGCCUUACAUUCCCGAAGAUGGGACUGAAGGAUCAGUCGUAGUUGUUGGUGCUGGGCUUGCUGGUUUAGCUGCUGCAAGACAGCUCCUGUCAUUUGGAUUCAAGGUUCUUGUUUUAGAAGCUAGGAGUCGUCCUGGAGGUCGAGUCUACACGCAUAAGAUGGGAGGUAAGGAUAGAUUUGCAGCCGUUGAACUCGGUGGCAGUGUGAUCACGGGUCUCCAUGCGAACCCACUUGGAGUUCUUGCGAGGCAGCUCUCUAUUCCUCUUCACAAGGUUAGAGACAACUGUCCUUUGUAUAACUCGGAUGGUGCGAUCGUCGAUAAGGCAGCUGACUCCAAUGUCGAGUUUGGGUUCAACAAACUGCUCGAUAAGGUCACUGAAGUGAGGGAGAUGAUGGGCGAGGCGGCUAAUAAGAUCUCUUUGGGUGAAGUCUUGGAGAGACUCAGGGUACUGUACGGUGUCGCUAAAGCUUCAGAGGAGAGAAAACUUUUUGACUGGCAUCUUGCUAACUUGGAAUAUGCUAACGCUGGGUGUCUUUCGAAUCUUUCAGCUGCGUAUUGGGAUCAGGAUGAUCCAUACGAAAUGGGUGGGGAUCAUUGUUUUCUCGCCGGUGGAAACUGGAGACUGAUUAAUGCACUAGCUGAUGGUUUACCUAUUCUUUACGGGAAAAGAGUCGAUGCUAUCAAGUAUGGAGACGGAGGAGUUGAAGUCGUUUCCGGUAGCCAGAUAUUCCAAGCAGACAUGAUCCUUUGCACCGUGCCGCUCGGGGUGUUGAAGAAAAGGUGUAUCAAGUUUGAGCCAGAGUUACCUAGAAGAAAACAAGCAGCCAUUGACAGGUUGGGUUUUGGCCUUCUGAACAAAGUCGCCAUGCUUUUCCCGUCUGUCUUUUGGGGUGACGAUUUGGAUACGUUUGGAUGCCUCAGUGAUAGUAGCAUCGACCGAGGAGAGUUCUUUCUGUUCUAUGCGUACCAUACAGUCUCUGGUGGCCCUGCUUUGGUUGCCUUAGUUGCUGGAGAAGCUGCUCAAAGAUUCGAGAGCACAGAACCAUCUGCUUUACUUCACCGUGUUUUGAAAAAACUCAGAGGCAUAUAUGGUCCUAAAGGUGUUGUUGUGCCUGAUCCAAUACAGACGAUUUGCACUCGAUGGGGAAGUGAUCCUCUGUCAUAUGGGUCGUAUUCUCAUGUAAGGGUUGGUUCAUCUGGCGUGGACUACGACAUUCUAGGUGAAAGUGUAAGUAACCGACUAUUCUUUGCUGGUGAGGCCACAACGAGGCAACAUCCAGCCACAAUGCACGGUGCCUACUUAAGCGGGUUAAGAGAAGCGGCGCGAAUUCUACAGGUCGCAAAUGUUUUCGGCAGUAAUGCAAAGAAACCUGUCCAAAGAUACAGUGGAGUUAACAUCGAUGUUCUUGAAGAUCUGUUCAAAAAUCCCGACAUUGCAGCUGGGAAGUUGUCAUUUGUCUUCAACCCAUUAACCGAGGAUCCGAAAUCAAUUGGAUUAGUGAGAGUUUGUUUUGACAACGCCGGAGACGAUCAAGCCAAGCAUCUUCAGCUUUACACUAUUCUUUCGAGGGAGCAAGCUCAGAAGCUUCAAGAAUUGGGAGAAAGCAGUCAUGAAAGCAAAUUGGACUAUCUGAUCAAUGCUCUUGGAUUAAAGCUUAUAGGAGCCAACACAGUAGUAGACACAGGUGGUGCGUUGAUCAGUGUGAUAGCUAACGCUCGCAAAGGCAGAAGCAGGACCCGUUAAAGAAACAUCAUUAUAGUUUCUAUAAUUAAAGUUUUGGAAAAAAAAAUAUAUCUUGGAUUAUAAAUCAAACAUCAUACAUUUUGGAUUAUCAUUUUGUUUUACUUUCUUUCCAGGUUUAUACAAACAAUCAAAUAAAAAGUUCCCCAAACAUGACAAAAUGAUAAUCCAAGAUGUAUGAUGUUUGACUUAUAAUCCAGCUUGUUUGACCUGAUCAAAUUGAUGAACCUAGACCAAGGCCAAGUACUUCUUAAUUUGUAAAUGCCUGGUGAUUAUAGUUUAUCUUUUGUUCCAAAAC